GUUUCAUUAUUUUCUUCGACAAUUCUGAGAAGUAAAACGACGCCGGUUAGGCCGUCUCGUUUAGUAGGGUUUACACGUUUUCGACUCAGCGAGAAAUCAAGGAAAUGAAUUCAGGGCUGUGGGUUUUGCAGAGAAUCGUGAAUUAGGAGGGGUGGUAUUGUGGAUUUGGGGAAUAAUCGUGAGUUGUGAUCUCUAGUGGGUUUGAAGAAGGAGAAGAGAGAAGGAAUGGCGAACAAGAUCGCAAUGCUGGUCUCGGAAGCAAUGAACAGCAACGCUGUAAUAAACACGUGUCUCGGAGUGUCGUUUGUGGUUCUGGGGGUGAGAUCUGAUAAACAGCAAAAGUAUGUCGAGGCCUUGCAGGAGCAGAAAGAUUCGCUCUCCAAGUCUAACAAGGAAAUGAAAGUUCAAAUGUGGGAGUGGAAACAGCAGCUCUUUGCUGAAGCCGCCUCUGCUGCUACUUCCGCGGUUGUUCCUCUGUCCACUCUUAAGGCCAUCUAUGGCGAAGUCACCACCCAAUCUGGUGUCGCAGUCAAAGAAGAGUCUAAAGUGUCUACCCCCAGGAUCAUGGUUUGAGAGGAUUUUAAUCUCCUCAUUUGCAUUUUUGUAAACAUCAAAUUGUCUGUUGUUGUGGUUCUAAAAUAAGGUAAGAUCCUGAUUUGGGGUGGUGGUUAAGGCUCUUCAUUAUGGGACCCAUUGGUUGAAAGUCGGACUUGCAUUAAGAAGUGAUGAGAUAAAAGGUUUAUGAAA